AUGAUCGCGUGGGAGGGUGGGCUGUGCAGGGAGCCUGGAGGGCUGCUGGGCACUGACUGCAGCGCGGCCUUCUGGGAAUCGGGCCUGGAGCAGGGGGCACACGUCCAGACGCCUUCCGGGCCGGCAGCAGGCUGGAGCUGUGGACUUCUUGGAAGUGCACCUCCGGACUUCGGCCAGGAAGAGGCGUCUGGUGCCCCUGAGGAAAUCCCCACUGCCCUGGUGAGCAAGCGGGGGUCCCGGGCCGCCUUCAAAACAGGAAGCGCCCGUUCCGGGAACACCAGCCGCAGGGAGCUUUGCCGGCUGCUCCUGGCGCCUCCGGUGCGGCGGCCCGAGCGUGGCUUCUGGAAGUGGAGGGAGCUGCCGCCUGGAGUCCCAGCCCCUCCUGUGACACCGUACAACCUGGGCUCUCGAGAGGGGCUCACUCUGCCAGCCGCCCAGAGGGCUCCUGGGGCUGGCNACCCGGGUCGCCCGCCCCCGGGCCUGGGGGCAGCACCAGCGGGCGCCCGAGCCCCCGGCCCCUUGCGUCCCUGGACUGGCGGGUGGCCCAGCCCCACGUCUGGGGGCCUCCCGGGCGUCCUGUUCCCCCGCGCGGGCUCGCCGGCCCGCCGAGCCAGACCCGACUGUGCGCUGGUCGGGCCUGUGCUCCGGGCGGGCCUGCGGAAUCUUCCCGCUCCUCCCCAGCCUGAUUGGUCUCCGCGCGGCCCGGUCACCCUGGCUGCCCCGCCCUCCGCCUCCUCUUGGGCCACCUCCGCCCCCUUCCCGGGUCCCUGCUGUCUCCCCCGCGACGUCGUCCCGUCGGCCUGUGGGUGGCUCCUCUCCCAGCAGCUCGUCAGGAGCCCGGGGGGUACGGGGGCAAUGGCGCUGCAGCUCUGGGCCCUGACCCUCCUGGGCCUGGCGGGCACGAGUGUGAGCCUGCGGCCCCGCAAGCUAGACUUCUUCCGCAGCGAGACGGAACUGAACCACCUGGUGGUGGACGAGGCAUCAGGCAUGGUGUACGUGGGGGCAGUGAACAUGCUCUACCAGCUGAGUGCCGACCUGCAGCUGGAGCAGCGGGCGGCCACGGGCCCGGCCCUGGACAACAAGAAGUGCACGCCUCCAAUCGAGGUGAGCCAGUGCCACGAGGCCGUGCUGACCGACAACGUCAACCAGCUGCUGCUGCUGGAUCCUCCCCGGAGCCGCCUGGUGGAGUGCGGCAGCCUCUUCAAGGGCAUCUGCGCCCUACGCGCCCUGGGCAACAUUUCCACGCGCCUCUUCUACGAGGAUGGCAGUGGCGAGAAGUCCUUUGUGGCCAGCAAUGACGAGAGCGUGGCCACCGUGGGGCUGGUCAGCGCUGCGGGCCCCGGCAACGAGUGCCUGCUGUUUGUGGGCAAGGGCAAUGGGCCGCACGACAACGGGGUCAUCGUGAGCACCCGCCUGCUGGACCGGACCGAGGGCCGGGAGGCUUUUGAGGCCUACACAGACCAUGCCACCUACAAGGCCGGCUACAUGUCCUCCAACACACAGCAGUUCGUGGCCGCCUUCGAGGACGGCCCCUACGUCUUCUUCGUCUUCAACCAGCAGGACAAGCACCCAGCCCGGAACCGCACCCUGCUGGCACGCAUGUGCAAGCAGGACCCCUUCUACUACUCCUACCUGGAGGUGGACCUGAGCUGCCGGGACCCCGGCGACGCCCAGGCCCCCCCCUUCGGCACCUGCCUGGCGGCCUCGGUGGACCGGCCGGGCUCCAACAGGGUGCUCUACGCCGUCUUCAGCAGGGAUGGCCGGGGCAGCGGGGGGCCCCGGACCGGCCUCUGCCUGUUCCCGCUGGACGAGGUCCACCGCAAGAUGGAGGCCAACCGCGACGCCUGCUACACAGGUGCGCGCGAGGUGGCCCGUGACAUCUUCUACAAGCCCUUCCACGGCGACAUCCAGUGUGGUGGCCAUGUGUCGGGUGCCAGCGAGAGUUUCCUGUGUGGCUCGGAGCACUUGCCCUACCCGCUGGGCAGCCGCAACGGCCUCUCGGCUAAGGCCGUGCUGCACCGUGGAGGCCUGAACCUGACGGCCGUGACCGUGACCACCGAGAACGGCCACACCAUCGCCUUUCUGGGCACCUCGGAUGGCCGGGUCCUCAAGGUGUACUUCGCCCCAGACGGCAGCUCCACGGAGUACGGUGCCGUCCUCGUGGAGAUCAACAAGAGAAUCAAGAGAGACCUGGUGCUGGCCGCAGACCGGGCCAGCCUAUACGCCAUGACCCAGGACAAGGUGUUCCGGCUUCUCGUGCAGGAGUGUGCAAGCUUCUCCAGCUGCAGUCACUGCCACGGCUCACAGGACCCCUACUGUGGCUGGUGUGUCGUUGAGGGCCGCUGCACCAGGAAGGCGGAGUGCCCCCGGGCUGACGAGAGCGGCCACUGGCUGUGGAGCCGCAACGAGUCCUGCGUGGCCGUCACUGGGGCCCACCCGCAGAACAUGAGCCGCCAGACCCAGGGGGAGGUGCAGCUGACUGUCAGCCCCCUCCCGGCCCUGAGCGACGACGACACGCUGCUGUGCCUCUUUGGAGGAUCGCCGCCUCACCCCGCACGCCUGCAGGAGGGCACCGUGGUCUGCAACUCGCCAAGCAGGAGCAGUCUUCCCCGCACACCGCCCGGCCAGGAUCACGUGGCCGUGACCAUCAAGCUCCUCUUCAAACGAGGCAAUGUUUUCCUGACCUCCCACCGGUACCCCUUCUACGACUGCCAGGAAGCCAUGAGUCUGAAGGAGAACCUGCCGUGCAUCUCCUGCACCAGCAAUCGCUGGACCUGCCAGUGGGCGCUGCGCGAGCACGCGUGUCAGCAGGCCUCACCCAGCCCUGAGGACGGCGUCGUCGGCGCCCACAUGGAGGACGACUGCCCCCAGUUCCUGAACCCCAGCCCGCUGGUCAUCCCCGUGAACCACGAGACGGACGUGACCUUCCAGGGCAAGAACCUGGACACAGUGCAGGGCUCUCCACUGCUUGUGGGCAGUGACCUGCUCAAGUUUGAGGCGUCAGUCAGCACCCAGGAGCCAGGAACCUUCUCUUUUCGGACCCCAAAGCUGAUGCACGACGCCGACGAGACGCUGCCCCUGCACCUGUACGUCAAGUCCUCCGGCAAGAAUGUUGACAGCCGGCUCCAAGUGACUCUCUACAACUGCUCCUUCGGCCGCAGCGACUGCAGCCUGUGCCUGGCCGCUGAGCCCGCCUACCACUGCGUGUGGUGCAGCGGGCAGAGCCGCUGUGUGUACGAGGCGCUGUGCGGCAAUGCCACCUCCGAGUGCCCGCCGCCCGUCGUCACCAGGAUCCAGCCUGAGACCGGCCCAUUGGGCGGAGGCAUCCGCGUCACCAUCCUUGGGUCAAACCUGGGGGUCAGAGCGGACGAUGUGAAGAGGGUCACCGUGGCUGGCCAGAACUGUGCCUUUGAGCCAGAACGGUACUCUGUGUCCACCCGGAUUGUGUGCACCAUGGAGGCUGCAGAGGUGCCCUUCACGGGCGGCGUGGAGGUGGACGUCAAUGGGAAGCUCGGCCGUUCGCCUCCUGGCGUCCUCUUCACCUACCAGCAGCCCCAGCCCCGCAGUGUGGAGCCCAGGCAGGGGCCGCAGGCGGGCGGCACCACGCUGACCAUCAACGGCACCCACCUGGACACGGGCUCUGAGGAAGACGUGAGGGUGACCCUCAAUGACGUCCCUUGUAACGUGACACAGUUUGGGGCACAGCUUCAAUGUGUCACUGGCCCCCAGUCGGUUCCGGGAGAGCUGGCCCUGAAGAUUUACUACGGGGGCUCCGAAGUGCCCAGCCCUGGCAUCACCUUCACCUACCGUGAGAAUCCAGUACUGCGGGCCUUUGAGCCACUGCGGAGCUUUGUCAGUGGUGGCCGGAGCAUCAACGUCACAGGACAGGGCUUCAGCCUGAUCCAGAGGUUCGCCAUGGUGGUCAUAGCCGAGCCCUUGCAGUCCUGGAGACGGCGGCGGGAGACCGGACCACUGCAGCCCCUGACGGUCGUGGGCACGGAGUACGUGUUCUACAAUGACUCCAAGGUCGUGUUCCUGUCCCCGGCUGUCCCCGAUGAGCCCGAGGCCUACAACCUCACCGCACUCAUCCGGAUGGAUGGACACCAAGCCCUGCUCAGGACGGAGGCUGGUGCCUUUGAGUACGUUGCUGACCCCACCUUCGAGAACUUCACCGGGGGUGUCAAGAAGCAGGUCAACAAGCUCAUUCACGCGCGGGGCACCAAUCUGAACAAGGCCAUGACCAUUCAUGAGGCCGAAGCUUUCGUGGGUGCUGAGCGCUGCAUCAUGAAGACGCUGACGGAGACGGAUCUGUACUGCGAGCCCCCGGAGGUGCAGCCACCUCCCAAGCGGAGGCAGAAGCGAGACACGGCCCACAACCUGCCGGAAUUCAUCGUGAAGUUCGGCUCGCGGGAGUGGGUGCUGGGCCGAGUGGAGUAUGACACGCGUGCGAGCGACGUGCCUCUCAGCCUCAUCCUGCCGCUGGUCAUCGGGCCCAUGGUGGCUGUCAUCGCCGUGUCUGUCUACUGCUACUGGAGGAAGAGCCAGCAAGCGGAGCGCGAGUACGAGAAGAUCAAGUCCCAGCUGGAGGGCCUGGAGGAGAGUGUGCGCGACCGCUGCAAAAAAGAGUUCACGGACCUGAUGAUUGAGAUGGAAGACCAGACCAACGACGUGCACGAGGCAGGCAUCCCCGUGUUGGACUAUAAGACCUACACCGACCGCGUCUUCUUCCUGCCCUCCAAGGACGGCGACAAGGACGUGAUGAUCACGGGCAAGCUAGACAUCCCCGAGUCUCGGCGGCCGGUGGUGGAGCAGGCGCUCUACCAGUUCUCCAACCUACUCAACAGCAAGUGCUUCCUGAUCAAUGUCUACUUUGCGUCGCUGCUGACCGUGGCGCUGCACGGGAAGCUGGAGUACUACACGGACAUCAUGCGGACGCUCUUCCUGGAGCUCAUGGAGCAGUACGUGGUGGCCAAGAACCCCAAGCUGAUGCUGCGCAGGUCUGAGACAGUGGUGGAGAGAAUGCUGUCUAAUUGGAUGUCUAUCUGCCUGUACCAGUAUCUCAAGGACAGUGCAGGGGAGCCGCUGUACAAGCUCUUCAAGGCCAUCAAGCAUCAGGUGGAGAAGGGGCCAGUGGACGCCGUGCAGAAGAAAGCCAAGUACACCCUCAACGACACGGGGCUGCUGGGGGAUGAUGUGGAGUACACACCCCUGAUGGUGAGCGUGAUCGUCCAGGAUGAAGGGGUCGAUGCGGUGCCGGUCAAGGUCCUCAACUGUGACACCAUCUCCCAGGUCAAGGAGAAGAUCAUCGACCAGGUGUACCGCACGCAGCCUUGCUCCCGCUGGCCCAAGGCUGACAGUGUGGUCCUUGAGUGGCGUCCUGGAUCCACAGCCCAGAUCCUGUCAGACCUGGACCUGACCUCUCAGCGGGAGGGCCGGUGGAGGCGUGUCAACACACUGAUGCACUACAACGUCCGGGAUGGAGCCACUCUCAUCCUGUCCAAGGUGGGGGUCUCCCAGCAGCCUGAGGACAGUCAGCAGGACCUGCCUGGGGAGCGCCACGCCCUCCUGGAGGAGGAGAACCGCGUGUGGCACCUGGUGAGGCCCGCGGAUGAGGUGGAUGAGGGCAAGUGCAAGCGCGGCAGCGUGAAGGAGAAGGAGCGCACCAAGGCCAUUACCGAGAUCUACCUGACCCGCCUGCUCUCCGUCAAGGGCACGCUGCAGCAGUUCGUGGACAACUUCUUCCAGAGCGUGUUGGCGCCCGGGAAUGCGGUGCCACCAGCGGUCAAGUACUUCUUCGACUUCCUGGACGAGCAGGCGGAAAAGCAUGACAUUAAGGAUGAGGACACCAUCCACAUCUGGAAGACCAACAGUUUACCGCUCCGCUUCUGGGUAAACAUCCUCAAGAACCCCCACUUCAUCUUCGACGUGCACGUCCACGAGGUGGUGGACGCCUCCCUGUCAGUCAUCGCACAGACCUUCAUGGACGCCUGCACACGCACAGAGCACAAGCUGAGCCGCGACUCUCCCAGCAACAAGCUCCUCUACGCCAAGGAGAUCUCCACCUACAAGAAGAUGGUGGAGGACUACUACAAGGGGAUCAGACAGAUGGUGCAGGUCAGCGACCAGGACAUGAACACACACCUGGCAGAGAUUUCCCGGGCGCACACAGACUCCCUGAACACCCUCGUGGCCUUGCACCAGCUCUACCAGUACACGCAGAAGUACUACGACGAGAUCAUCAACGCCCUGGAGGAGGACCCCGCCGCACAGAAGAUGCAGCUGGCCUUUCGGCUCCAGCAGAUCGCGGCUGCGCUUGAGAACAAGGUCACGGACCUCUGACCUCCAACCUCCAGUGUCAUGGUCUGGGACACAGAGGAGGAGCCCCGGGCUUCCGAGUGUGUGUGGCGGGGGAUUCCCCCUCAGAGUCUGUAGCCACGUUAGCAUCUUUCCCUGAGCAAUAGAGCCGGGGGCCGCCAACACCAGCUCCCUCCCGAAGAACCAGCAUCCGGUGUGUCUCCUGAGUGAUUCGAAAAACGUGCCUUACGCCUCGGUGCCACGCUGGGCCGCUGGGGGCAGUCAGGCCUCGGCCCCCUCCCCGAGCACCAGCAGCCGCCUCAGACACCUGGGUUCGGCCUCCCGUGGCGGGGCCUGAGUGCCUGCGGCCCCCCGGGACCCAGCGCCCGGACCGUGUGCGUCUGCCCCGCCUGGACAGAGGCAGAGAAGCGGUACGAUGCCUCGCUGACCUCGCGGGCCUGCCCUGCGGGGUGCCGGCACUCUGGGGACUCCGUGCUGCAGGCCCCACCUCAAAGGUCAAGCUGGACGUCAGACGUCGAGGCCCAGGCGGCCAGAAGGGACCCAGCAGACGGGUGGUCCUGGUCUCGGCCUGUCAGACAGGCCGACCUGGAGGCUCUGCCCAGGUCUGGGGGGCCAGGAGCGGGUCUGCUAGGACCACCCCAACCCUUUUUGUAAAUCUUGUGAAUUGUAAAUCGAAUACAGUUGUCUUUUUCAUUCUG